GGUGCGCUCAGGUGUAAAGUAUUCGCUAGCCAUGUAAACGCACGAUUUGACAUGUCUCCAGCUUAAGCGAUUAUUGAUGAACUGAUAUCAGGGAAUAUAAUCUCACAUCUGAAGAACCAUCAUGUAUCUAACAAAUGGAAUAAAUACGGAUUAUUUCGGGUUGUGAAAGCACCAGGAAAUGCAGGUAUAUUUGGAGUGGAGCAGGUGGGCAGACGAUCGAUCAUGUACGGUACUCUAGUUCAAGUCAUUAGAUAUUGUGCGGAUCAACACUUCUGCUAAUGGAAUCGAUUGUCAGAAAUUAGCACUAUGGCAUCUUCCAAUUUGUCAGAAAAAUCAUCAUCAAACUCCUCGGAUAUCCAGUACGCCGCCUCCACCGGCACCUUUCUUGUCAUGUUCAUUCUGGCUGGAACUAUUGGGAACAGUUUGAUAAUUGUCAGCAUACUGUCGUCGAAAAAACUCAGGAGUUCUGCUUUUCAUUUACUGUCUAUAAAUCUUGCUGUCGUUAAUAUCUUAGAAUGUCUCCUGAACAUGACUUUCAACUUGACAACCGUGAUGUCUGUAGACACCUUGAAAGGUGUCAGUACUAUUUGCAGAGUAAACGCCUUUUUCAUCAGCGUUGUAUGGAUAGAAUCCAUUCUUGGCAUAACAUUUAUGGUUGUUGAAAGAAUGGCUGCAAUGAAAAAUACAGACAAAAUUGAUGUAAUACAGCGACCUAAACGCGUUGCCAUAAUGGUAGCGUACACCUGGGUUCAUUCUGCAGCAUUCAGCCUCCCUCUUGCCACCGGUCUCGUGUCUGUGAGUAUUUACUCGGACAUCAACUCCUGUCUCGUGUCAGUAGACGCUUCAGCUGUCUAUAUUGGAACUCUCUCUGUAUGUUGUUUUGUAGUUCCGAUUGUCGUGACCGUGAUUUUAUUUAUCGUAACAAUGAAAAAUGCCUUCACAGAAAAAUCCUCAGUCCAGGCACAAAUGACUCGUCAUCAAUACUCUACAGAUGUAGAUGAACCUAACUUUUAUAAGGAAUUCGCUGGAGUGAAAUUUUCUGGUAUAAUUUUAACUAGCUGGGUGUUCUUGGUCGCACCUUUUGUGGUUGCCAUCUUCAUUUAUUUAUAUCGAUAUAGCGACAUGAAUCUAGAUUCAGGUUUGAAAUUGUCACAUUCUUCUAUUAUGUAUUUUUUGUUACUUUGGUUAAAAUAUUGUAAUGUUUUUAUCCUUCCGCUUUUUUCUCUAUGUUAUAAAAAAGAAUUUUGGUUAAAUUUUAAAGAUGUUUUAUUUUGUAAGAAAAAGAACUCGGUGAAUGAUGUUGCAAAUGAGCAUAACAAGUUAAGCUUGGACAGUCAAGAUAAGAUUGAGAGGUUAGAAUCAGGGGAAAAGAAAAUUAAAGAAGAAAAAAUGAAGGAAGCAUUCAUUCACAAUUCUGGAUUCCAAGUACCGGUGUUAUUUGCCACAGCACAGGGUGUACACAUUCAGACAUCUGAGUCUGAAGUCAUCGUUGAUGACCAGGGCACUGUUGGAAAGAAAUGUGAUGUGUUUGGAUCACAGGAGAAACUGCAGCAAUUCGGAGAAGAUACAAGUGAUUAUGACUCUAGUAAUGAGCUGGAUCCAUUCUCGGUGUCCCAUCCGGUAUCCACCAAAAAUCUGAGAAAUCAAACUGAGCCUACGCCCUUACAGCACAGAUCUAACUCCCAGCCUGAGGUCCGAUCUAAAGGUCAGUCCACUCACCACUCGACCUCCGUGACGGUCACCUCAGCUGCAGACUCCGGGCUUGACAUCAGCAGCAUGAACAAGAGUGGGGGUCACGACUCGAGUCCUAAUUUGACAUAUGACAGGAGUGUGUCUUGUCCUGCAGGUGAAACAGGUAUAUCACAUCGUUCAUUCAUUCCUACUUCACAAAAAUCAUCAGCUGUCGAUAAACAGAACAAAAAUAACACUAGCUCAAGAUAUAAUGACAAUCCAACUCAAGAACCAGAAAUAUUUGCUCAAAUGGAGGGAUGUGAAAACCGUGCAUAUAAGGUUGACACUGCUGAUAUAGAAAGGUGCAAUAACUCAAAUGGUCAAGAACAGACUGACCAAACGAGUGGUCAAGCUUUAGAUAAGGAGAUAAGGAUGGACAGAAAUAUUUCUGAUGUAUUUGAAAAAGAUGGUGCUGCUUCUGGUGGGAACACCAAGACGAUCAACAACGAAAUUGUAAAUUCACCAGGUGAUGAAAGUGUGGAUAUUUCUGGUGUGACACCAGCAACACCAAGCAAACGAAAAAAGAAACAUAAAAAACAAACUAAAGGUUCAAACUACACAGGGAUUUUAAGAAAUGGAAGUGAGGAGAUGAGUCCGCCUCGGCCACCGCCUAGAUUGGCACCAUUACAGGGGUGUCACCAGCCCCAUUAUCAGAGAAUGACUGAAACAGAAACUGCUGCAUCAGCAGAUGUUCCACCGAACAACAAUUCCUUGUGUGAGACGGGAGUCAUACCCCAGAAAGCAACUGUGUAUGAAGUAAAACAUGACAGAAAGACGAGGAAUAAAACGAGACAAAGAAAUUCAGAUAGUCAAAGUCAUACUUCACUACUGGAUUCUGGGAGUUCAGCCGAACUGAAAUGUUUAAAAGAUUCUAUGUUUGGUGCACCGGAAUCCGAUGGAUAUUCCUCUCAGGUGUUGGAGGUAACGACACCAAGUGCUUGUAAUCUGGUGGAUCUUUCUAAAACUUUGGCAGCAUUUCUCCAAGUCAUUCCCAAGAACUGGACUAAACAUAAGUCUACAAACAACGACUCCAGGAGUUGAUGUGUUGUUGACCUUGGCCUUGGAUUUCCCAGGAAACUUCUUGUGACCUUGACAUUGGAGUGUAUAUUUAUAGCAAGGUGUGUGACCCUGACAUUGGAUUGAAUAACAACCUGUGUAAUCUUGUCUCUCCGUGAGUCAUACCACAUGUGAUCUGUUCCUUGUAUUUAAUACAAGAUGUGUGUGACCUUGACCUUCCUCUUAAUUUAAAUCCGUAUAUGUAACCUUGACCUUGGAUUGAAUUAAAAAGGCUGUGUACAGCCACUCCUUGGAUUGUGACCUUCACCCAGUGAAUUAUUGUUUAGUAUUGUUACGAUGAAGUACCGUCAUCCUCAUCGUAGACUCAUCAUCCGGAGGCUGAUUCAUCAUUUCUCUACCAUCACCUGAGUCCCAUGUCACACCUGCGUAACAUUGUUUGUUUUGUUGUAGUAACUAGUCUGAAGUCAGAAAGUAUAGAUUUUGUGUGUCAUAAACUUUGUGAAUGAAAAUGCCAAAAAUAAUUUAAGAUGGUUGCCAUGAAAACCUAGAAGUUUUCAAGAGAAUUUGUGCUUUUAAAUUACAUUGUACUUAAAUUUAUAAAGGUAGUUAAAUUUUGUCUUGUAUGAAUGAGAUUUUCAUGUAUUCUAGUACAUGGUAACAUAAUUCAUUUUGUUGAAUUCAAUACAUGAAUUCAAUGAAAAUUUAGGAGAAUUUGAAGUUGUAAUAAGAACAUAUUUUUUCAUGUUUUAAGGUGAUCAUUUUUUUUCUGGACAUACCCGUAAUACAAUAGUAUGGUAAAAAAAAUUAAUUAUGGAUUAAAUAUUUUACAUGCUACCACAAGCUCAAUGAAUAUGUAUGAAAUUUUUCUUUAAAAAACAACAUUUGUCAUAAGGAUCAUGUGCUACUUUAAGUACUUGUGAUAGUUAUCUCCUUGAAGUUUUGAAAUUCCAACAGCUGUGCCUAGUCAAUUUCUAUCUAUUAGCAAACAUUUUAAAACGAUCAAUCAUUUCAUCAACAUUUUCAAAAUUUUCCUGAAGAUAUUUUAGCAGCUACUUAGUGUGUAACUCGAUCUCCUUUAGAUUUAAACAGAAUACAGGUACAUGUACAACUGUAACUCUCCUGUAGAAUACAUGUACAACUGUAACUCUCCUGUAGAAUACAGGUACAACUGUAACUCUCCUGUAGAAUACAUGUACAACUGUAACUCUCCUGUAGAAUACAGGUACAACUGUAACUCUCCUGUAGAAUACAGGUACAACUGUAACUCUCCUGUAGAAUACAUGUACAACUGUAACUCUCCUGUAGAAUACAUGUACAACUGUAACUCUCCUGUAGAAUACAUGUACAACUGUAACUAUCCUGUAGAAUACAGGUACAACUGUAACUCUCCUGUAGAAUACAUGUACAACUGUAACUCUCUUGUAGAAUACAGGUACAACUGUAACUCUCCUGUAGAAUACAUGUACAACUGUAACUCUCUUGUAGAAUACAGGUACAACUGUAACUCUCCUGUAGAAUACAGGUACAACUGUAACUCUCCUGUAGAAUACAGGUACAACUGUAACUCUCCUGUAGAAUACAUGUACAACUGUAACUCUCUUGUAGAAUACAGGUACAACUGUAACUCUCCUGUAGAAUACAGGUACAACUGUAACUCUCCUGUAGAAUACAGGUACAACUGUAACUCUCCUGUAGAAUACAGGUACAUCUGUAACUCUCUUGUAGAAUACAGGUACAUCUGUAACUCUCUUGUAGAAUACAGGUACGUCUGUAACUCUACAGCAUACAGGUACAUCUGUAACUCUCCUGUAGAAUACAGGUACAUCUGUAACUCUCUUGUAGAAUACAGGUACGUCUGUAACUCUACAGCAUACAGGUACAUCUGUAACUCGUCAGCAUACAGGUACGUCUGUAACUCUACAGCAUACAGGUACAUCUGUAACUCUUCAGCAUACAGGUACGUAUGCAACUCUACAGCAUACAGUUACAUCUGUAACUCGUCAGCAUACAGGUACAUUACAGCAUACAGGUACGUCUGUAACUCUACAGCAUACAGGUACAUCUGUAACUCGUCAGCAUACAGGUACAUUAUGUACAUCUGUAACUCUCCUGAAGAUUUAUCAAACAGCAUACAGGUACAAAAGGUAGCAUGUACCUUUAACUUAUUUUUAUUGUUUUCUGGGUGCAUGAAUAUUUUGUGUUCAUGCAGUAUUACUAAAUUAUCAUUUUUUUUUGUAUUGUUUUAUUAAAUAAGAAAAAGUCAUCAAUUUAAAAUUUGAUAUUAAGGUUUAGAUAUGAAGCCUAAGUAUUGACUAAUGAGUUAUAUACACAUAUAUAGUGUUUCUUCUGUCAACAAAAAGGAAUUUUACUGGCUAGGAGUUACUAGCCUCGUGAAGCCUGCACAGAGACAUUAAGUAUCAUGUAAGGAUUUGAAGUUCAUAUACAAGGGGUAGGCUCUUCAGGAUUAUCCUCAGUUUUUGUUAGAAAUAAUUUUGUAAAAUAUAGUGAUCAGUCAAUGAUUGAAUAGAAUUAAAUAUUUAAUAGGAAUUAAGUGAAUGGAAACAGAUUGUCUUUACAUCCCCAUCAAUAUAUAAUAUGUAAACACAAAAAAGCCUACAAAGAUUUUAGGCACUGUAUGAAUUAUCAUUCUUCAACUCAAUAUCUUUUCAAAAUUUGUCCCAAGUUUAAUUUUUUUUUCAAAUUCAAAUAUGUUACAUACUUUAGGAUAUAUCAAUCUAAAACAAUGAUUUUAAAUAAAUGUAAUGAUUCAUACACUAUUGAUAACAGGCAUAAUUAAGUGUAUAUGUUGACUUGAUGCUACAAUGUAUAUGUAUCCACGAGUUUAAAAGCGGUGACCUUUUCUAAACAUCGGAAUGUAUUUUCCAUGAUGAACAGUUAAAUUAUUAAAAAAUAUCUUUGAAAUGUUGUACACAAUAUUUAUUUGAAAAUUUAUUUUUUUAUUGCGUUUUUUUUUUUUAUGAUUUGUUAAUGUUCACUUUAGUUGGGUCAUUGACCUGAUAUGAACAACUGGAUAUUUUUACCUGUGUGGGCGAGUGCUGUACUCGCAACAAUUAUUGAUUCUUGUCUCUAAGAAGAAAGAUGCUCAGUUUCUUCAUAAAAGCAAUAUCUGUUAGUGAAAUCAAAGAUAAGACUACCUCUGUGGCAUUACUGACAAAGGAAAUCCAACCUUGUACAGGACAUUAAAGUGUGCUCUUACAAAGUUACUUAUGAUACUGUCUUUAAUAUCAUGUUUUUUUAUACUUAUGUUUAUGAAAUCCCUAAUCAUUUAUUUCCUUUUACCAGAAACCGUCCAUUUUCUGACAUUUGAUGAAUUUUUUAAUGAAAAUUGUGUAUUUUUGUAUUUUACUAAACUUAUCAAAAAGCUCAAAUUAAUGUCUACUAAUUAGUUAAUUUAUUUUUCAGAAUUUUAAAAAUGAAACUCAAUUUAAAUUGUUUAUAAAUGUACAGUACAUGUACAUGUAUUUGAAUAAUAUGAACAUUAUCAGGUAAUGAUUACAUGAUAAUGGUCUAUUCAAAGACAUUUCACACAUUUAAGUCUAUAUACAUAUGUAUGUGUAAAGUUUAUUUUUGUUGGAAUAUAGAAUUGAGAAAUGUGUAAGAUGUUCACUUUUUAUUGUUUUUUACAAAAAAACCUUGUUACCGGUAAUUUUUUGUUGACGUCCCCACAUUGUGAGGUAAUACCACAUCAAAUGUUGAUUAUAGAUUUUUACGUUGUUGAUCAUGUUGAAAUAAUGUUGGCAUUUCAUUUACAGUAUAAUCAAUAUCGCAAUGUUUUGACACAUUUUGAUAAGUAUUUUUUCUAUUGUUUGUUUAAUGUUGUAGGUCUUUUUGAAAGCAAAGGUUAUCAAUGACAAAUUUUCUUUUGACUUGAAAGAGGCGAAACUUGAUCCUGCAUAACAAAAUCUCCAAAUUAAAAUUCAAGCAGAAUGAUUACCUUAGAUUGCUUUUGAGCUGUAGUCAUUGGUAAUGAGUAUAAGCGUUGAGUUAAUCAGACUGUUUGGAAAAUUUCAUCUACAUUGGCAAACAUACAUGUAUAUGUAUGGUUCACACGAGGAUUUUGUUAAUUCAAAUUUAAAUGAGCUAUUCUCUACCCUGCUGAAUCACAGUAAUCGGUUCACUGCUUAUAAUUUGUGCAAUUAAAAGUAUCAUUUCAGCUUGAGCAAAUACUUUCUGAGGCAUAUUGUAUUGAUGUGUUUCAUUUCAACACAGAUAGGCUUCUACACUGGUUAAUUUUAUAAAGAAAUUACAUAUGUACUAGUUCAAAAGUCUGUUCACCUGAACGCUCACCUGAACACGCUGUCAAUUCAAUCAAUACUGUUAGGAAUUUAAAAAGAGCAGAGAUUAUAUCUGUUCAUCUAUGAGAAUAAAAAUAUUACUUUCAGUGAGUAUUACAUAUGAUAUCUGGCCCUCAGGUUGCUUUCAUCAACUUUCCAUGACUUAAUUUUCCAGGAAGUCAAUUCGAUUCAUACAGAUCAAGGGUCCACUCUGAAAUUUUAUCUGAAAAAGGACCUCAUUUGUAAAAUACCCAGUAAAAAUCUUACACUGUAAAUGUAUUGUCAACUCUCAUACUAACUAUUUGAAUUAUUAUAAUACUUUAUCUUUAUUCAUUUGGGGUAUAAUGAAUACAAUUAUGAUUUCUAAAUUGAUUUCUGUUUCUAUCAGCUAGGAUAUAUGACCUUGACUUGACAUUGAUAAUCUAUCUUGUACAGGUAUUAGUAACAUUAAACAUCUAAUCCGAAAGUCAGGUAUAAUUUAUACAUCUUCUAUCAGGUAUGUAGUCAUUUGGUGUAUAAUUAUUUGAGGGACUGUGGUACCCACUGCACUCUAUCUACCCAGAAGUAUUUAAUAUGGUAAGUCUCUCAGAUGUUUGUCGCUGAUGUUGCAUUAGAUCUCUCAGAUGUUUGUCGCUGAUGUUGUAUCAGGUCUCUCAGAUGUUUGUCGCUGAUGUUGUAUCAGGUCUCUCAGAUGUUUGUCGCUGAUGUUGUAUCAGGUCUCUCAGAUGUUUGUCGCUGAUGUUGUAUUAGGUCUCUCAGAUGUUUGUCGCUGAUGUUGUAUUAGGUCUCUCAGAUGUUUGUCGCUGAUGUAGCUAUAGAUUAUUGAUUGCAUUUAUUGAGCAUUUGUCCAAUACAUUGGUAGCAUUGUCAUCCGAGGUUUAUGUAACCUUACUCAGCAAUCCUAUACAACAUUGUAUGCACUCUACCAGGAUUACACCAAAACUCUACCAUACUACUACUGAUUAAAACUUGGUCCAAUUACAUUUAAAAUUCAAAAAUAAUAUCAACUUGAAUGAAGAACUGAAAAAAAAUGCAACAUUUAGCAUGAACUUUGUCCCAAUGUAAUUAGCUCUUCAGGUAAAUUUAUAGAAUCAAAGUUUAGAUACAAGUUUAGUGACAGUAUUCUGUAACCUUAAUAUCAAUUUCAGAAAUUUUAGGAAUGUGUUCAGGCUAAAGUGAUCAAUAUAUUUGAUCUGAAAAAUGACGUACAUAAAACUCUUGUUUUGUGUGUAACUGGAUCUAAAUUGCUUGUCCAAUAUUUAUUUAAAUGCAGUUCUGCUAUUUGGAAUGUUUAAUGACUUUCAGGCGCCAAAUACUUGGGAAAUUUGAACUACCACAGCAUGUUCUUCGCUGCUAAUUGUUUACACAUUAUCAGUUCAUGUGUAAUCAAUUCUUCAGAACCUUUCUACUUUCUCAUCAGUCCUUGUGUACUUGUCAGAUGUGUCAUCAGAUCGUGUGUACUUCUUACUUUGUCAUGCAGUCAUCAUUUUUUGUGUACUUGUAGAAUGUGUCAUCAGUUAUUGUGUACCUUUCCAACAUAUCAGCAGUUUUUGUGUACCUUUUUAAGUUUACAAUGUGUCAUUACAGUGUCCACAGAAAAUAAUACACAAAUAAACAUGCUUUAUACAGAGUUCAUAUAUUUUACUGGAAAAAAAUACACUUAAGGUUUAUUUUUGAGGUUUUGAGGCUUUCAUUAUUUAAGUCAAUUCUACAAUGGAAAUAGAGGUGUUACAUUACCUAAAACAGUAACACUUUUAGUUAUACAAAUGUUUAUUGACCUUUUAGGUUUACUUUAGGAAACGAUGUCACCAUGUGGUCUGUCACUAGAAACUGGGAAAAAAAUGGAACCAUAACAUGAUGAUUUGGUCUGUCACUAGAAACUUGGGGGAAAAAUGGAACCAACAUGACGAUUUGGUCUGUCACUAGAAACUUGGGGAAAAAAUGGAACCAACAUGAUGAUUUGGUCUGUCACUAGAAACUUGGGGAAAAAAUGGAACCAACAUGACCAUUUGGUCUGUCACUAGAAAAUUUGAUAAAUGUAGAACCAAUGUCACCAUGUGGUCUGUCAACUUUAGCUCCAAGAAACAUUUCUGUUAUUAUUCUACUUGGAUCUACUCACCUGGUAGGUUAGGCAUUGCCUUCUAUAUUGUAAUGUAUAAAAUUAAACAAGAAGGAAAUGAGCCUAGUCACUGUUUGGCUUGUCACAGGUGAAUUAUGGUAUUUAUAAGUUUAACAGUAAUGUAUGUUAUACACAUAACCUACAUUAAACUUACAGCACCUGAGGUCAAGAUCCUGAUAAUGUACAGGUACUGUAGGUAUAUAUAGGUAUAUGUAUAUACAGAACAUACAGAGUACCUGGUAGGUACAUGUAUAGGUAUAUAUAACGAGUACCUGGUAGGUAUAUGUAAUACACAGGUAUAUACAAAAUACCAGUCAUAAUCAAGAUGAAGUCAGAAACCAGUUACAAUAUUAUAAACAUUUAUCAUACACUAGUGCUUUAGAAAGAUAAUUUGGUUGUAACAGUAGGUCCUGGUCAGUCCCACAUGUGAACUCUGUGUGAGAUACAAGUGUAUCAUUGAUGAUAGCUGACACACUGGUGAACUCGGUGUGAGAUAUAGCUGACACACUGGUGAACUCGGUGUGAGAUAUAGCUGACACACUGGUGAACUCCGUGUGAGAUAUAGCUGACACACUGGUGAACUCUGUGUGAGAUAUAGCUGACACACUGGUGAACUCUGUGUGAGAUAUAGCUGACACACUGGUGAACUCGGUGUGAGAUAUAGCUGACACACUGGUGAACUCGGUGUGAGAUAUAGCUGACACACUGGUGAACUCGGUGUGAGAUAUAAGUGUAUCAUUGAUGAUAGCCGACACACUGGUGCAGACAUCAAUAGCUUCAUUUAAAUUAAGUUUCAUUUGAAGAUAAGUUCAAUCUCCCAGCUGUAGUAACUAAUUGUAGAUUAUAAACUUGUUGAUAUUUAAAACUUGAAUGCUGUAUAAUUGUUUUUGUUGUGAAUUAUUUUGAUUUGUUAUUGUCUUGUUAACACCGGUUAUUGCAUCAGUAGAUAAAAGAGUUCAAAUUCAUUUGAACAGUGAUUUAUUUUUAUUAUUGUUAAAAAACAUUUGCGACUUGUUGUAGGGCUUUUUAACUGAUUCUAUUUUAUUUAUUGAUUUAUUUAUUGAUUGUUUUUUUGUCAUAAAAAACACUGUAACAUAGAGAAAUAACCAUGUGAGUAUUUCAGAAAGGGUUAAUUUUGGAACUAGGUUAGAAGUAUAAUUUAAUUAUUUCCCUUUCCAGAUAAACCCUGUCACUGUCAGCUGUUUGUGUUAAUUGAGCUCAUAGUAUGUGCCAUAUAGUGAUGUGUUAUUACCUGUGUCCAAUAUUUUGUAGUUUGUACAUUUCCAACUGAUCAUCUUUAAGAUAUACACUGUGUUGUUGUUUUUAUCAUAAUAUUGAUGCCUGUGUGUUUUCUUUCCUCCGUCCAAUUAUUCAAUUAUCUAUCAGUACAUGUACAAUGUACCUGUCACAAAUUAAUUUCCAAAUAUGGGUCUAAUGCUUAAACGAAUGAGCUACGAAAGCUUAGUUGGUGAGAGUGUCGGUCUUCUUCGUAAGCUCAGGUGAAGAUCUGAGGUGUGUGGAAAAACACUUCUUAAUUACACCUGUGGCUGUUUAUGUUUCUCCAGAAGUGGAGAAACAGACUGGUCUGUCAUGGUUGUGUCCUUGAGCAAGAAACUUUGCCAUAAUUGCUCUGCAUUGCAUGUGACACACCUCCAAUAUGUUGUUCAGUGAGGUAGCCACCAACUACUACAAGGAAACCCUGCCUUAAAAUGACCCUUGCUGUUCAUGGGGUGAUAA